UGUUGAUCUCGAGAACCUAAGACCCAAUUGACUUCCUCAGCAAUCAAUUCUCGCCAUGUGUCUUUAAUUUCACCAGGCUCGUUGUCGAACCCCGCCAACAUGCAAGCGGCGACGAGCUGUCAUAUUCCAUCGCCAUCAAUUCCAUUAAACACUAGAGGGAGAACAUACUUGCCACCAUGCUCGCCGAGCAGCAGUGGUCGCGUCGUCGGCAGGAGGUUAAUUGCUCGGGCAGGCAAGGACGGCAAAGAUAGCAAAAGCAAACACACCGAUGAUAAAGCAGACUUUUCAGCUCGAUGGGCUUUACGCAUCAAGAACUUCUUCAGCAGCCGCCGAAGCUACUUGCUGCAAGCGGAGAGGGUGGACGAGGACGCCGAAGACAAAGCCUUCCAGGAGGAAAUUGCAAGGGAGGAAGCAAAACUCCAGAAGCAGAGGGAGGAAUUCAUGGAAGCACGCGUGGCAGAGCUGCAACAGCAGGAGGAGCUAGGGGAUUUGCGGGAGGGCAUGGUCGCGGGCGACAUCGCACGAGCACGCUUUGACCUCCAAACCAGCCCGCUAGCUCGGAUAGCUCUGGCGCUUGUGCGGGUCCGGGAGCUGUUGCGCGCGCUGCUGAUGCUGCCCUUUACAACAGCGGGGGCGGCGUUCGGCGCCUGGCAGGGGCUCUUUAGCACGCAGCGCUACGAGAACUUCCUGAUGGGCGAGGGCGAGCGCAUCUGGGCCUGGCGCAACCGCACGGAGAAUGAGCGCUGGUUCUGGGAGGUGUUCGUGUGGGACCGACUGCUCUUCCCCAUCCUCGCCAUCGUGUGCUACGAGUUCCUGGUUCCCAACCACUUCCUGUGGGCGGUGGUUGCGCCCUUUGGGCUGCUGGCCUGGCUGAGCGGCCGCCUGCCCACCCCCGACACCCCCGAGUUCUGGCUGCUGAGCUACUUUGGGUUCUACCGCAAGUGCUGGCCGGGGCUGGCGAGCUGGCUGACACACAACCUGGUGCCCUUGCUGGCUUGGUGAUGAGGGG